GCUUUUGUGAAAAUGGCUGUUCGUGGCAACUCGCUGAUGCCUUUCUCAAUCCAAGCCAUCCUGAACAAAAAGGACGACAGCCGACACUUGCCAGAUUUAGACAUGUGCUUCUCCAAGACGGCGUGCUGGAAAAUAUUUGGGGAGAUGAACGGCGGGUCGAGGAGAGAUGAUGGGGAGGCUUGUGAGCCGACGGACCAGAAAAGCUACGACUCGGACUCGGGACUCAGUGACGACAACGACAGCAAGACUCCGGCCGUGUGCAAGUCGGAGAAGGACGGAGACCCUGCGUCGGAUGUGCCGGAGGAAAGCCUGCAGGAGGAGACGGACCACGAGUCUGCAGCUGCGGAAAACGCAAAGAGCGACAGUGAGCCCAAUAAUGCCACGGACUCCAGCAUCCUGGACGAGAAGAGUCUGGAUCAGCCCAAGCAACGGAAAAAGCGCUCCAGGGCCGCCUUCUCCCAUGCGCAGGUUUUCGAGCUGGAGCGCCGCUUCAACCACCAGCGGUACCUGUCCGGGCCGGAGCGGGCGGACCUGGCGGCCUCCCUGAAGCUCACAGAGACUCAAGUCAAGAUCUGGUUCCAGAACCGCCGGUACAAGACGAAACGCCGUCAGAUGGCUGCCGACCUGAUGGCCUCGACCCCGGCGGCUAAGAAGGUGGCGGUGAAAGUUUUGGUGCGGGACGACCAGAGACAGUACAGCCCGGGAGAGAUCCUGCGGCCCCCGCUGCUCUCCCUGCAGCCGUCCUACUAUUACCCCUACGCCUACUGCCUCCCUGCAUGGACACUCUCUGCAUGUGCGGGGAACCAGUGA